GAGUAUUUGGCGAUUCAGUUACUUGCCGACGCAUUAUAUGAAGUGCCGGUUAUUCAGUUACUUUUUUGGCGCUUCGCCAGAAUGAUGGUGGUGACGGACGACUUCGUGGAGGCGGACAACGCGGAGGCCAUCAUCUCCAGGAUCGAGCACAAGUCCCGCAAGACCGAGAGCUUGCUCAAGCAGUCGAAGCUGGUGGAGGCUCUCAAGACCGCCCUCGAAGGAUGGCCUCCGAACACGCGGGACGAGCGAUGCAAGUCGGCGAACUGGAUAGUGGUGCACAGAGCGAUAAUGGCGAUGAAGGAUCUGGACGCCCUGUUCUCUUCCCUGGAUCCCGAGUACUACAACAUCCUCAUGAAAUACUUGUACAGAGGCUUGUCUACAGGGGAUCGCCCCACCUGUGACCAGUGCCUGCGGAUUCACGAAAGACUCACGGAGAGGGCCGGCUUGGGGUGCAUACUUCGUUCCCUAGCAGACACCACAAAUACAGUAUGAUGAUUAUUGCUAUCGUGAUCUGAAGAGAGAAAAGUGCCCACUGUAUGAUUGUACAGUAUGGCUAACUGAUAAUUAACAGUUUAGAUUGCAUCCAAAUUUCACGUAGACGAUUCUGCGUCGUCACUUGGGGACUGAGACAGUCAAAAGCAACAUUUUGAUUAAGUCCAAAUUUGUCAAAUUGAAAUAAAAUGAAAUCUCCAUAGCUCAUCUUGGUAGCUGACUUCUGUGCAUUGAUUGUACAAGGAGGACGAAAUGGCCAUUGUUACAUGACAGAGGUGAUG